AUGAUGAUGACAUCUUUAACCACAAUAACACCUUUCGAAUCACCAUUUCAAUCAAGAAAUCCAUCAACAACAAAUCUAAAUACAAUUUCAACAAAUACAUCAGAAAUCUCAUUUAUUAAUAUAACCCCUGAUGAAAUUAUAAAUUCUAUAAAUUAUUGUAAUGAUUCUGAUGAUGGCAGUAUUCAUAAAUCAAAAAGCAAUGAUUUAGAAAUAAAGCUAGUCGAACCGAUUGUAUUUUUUAGAGAUGUACCUGAAGAAGCUAGAGAAGUUUUUUCACAUAAUUGGAAAUUUAUUACUGCAAACAAAUCACCACCCACAUCUUCAACUUCUUCAUUAAAUUCACCAUCACUUAAUAAAUUUAACUUUUUAAAAUUCAAUAAAAAAUUUCACGGCGACAGCAGUAAUGAUAAUAACAAAUUACCUUAUUUUGGUAAAGAAACAUUGUUAGAAGAUCAGGAAGAUGGCGAUGUUGGAAAUGUCACUUAUCAACAAAUAAUGGAUGUAAAUUUGCCUGUUUGUUCAGAACCUUUGCAAGCAUAUGCAAUGGUCACAAUGCUUGGUCUUGAAAAUGGUCACCAUCUUUUAAAUGAACCAUGGAUACCAAUUUUACUUAUAUUUUCAAGAGCUCGUAUUGCAGAUCCAGUUAUGCCACUUAUCCCAAUGUUUUUAGUUAGGAUGAAUCAUUUGAGAAUGACAAUGCCACCAAAUCCGUCACUCACGAUUUCAUUUUUACCAUGGAUCAGGAUAAUAUAUAAUUGGACGUAUCAAUAUUUAUUUGGUAGGAUGGAAUUAAACUGGAGAAGACAGAUCGAACCAUACACAUUUUCAACACAAAACGAAAAUGGAGAGGAUGACAAUAAUAAUAAUGUACAACAGCAAUAUGAUCAAGAUAUGUCAGAUCGUUUGGAUAGAAAUAAUGCAGGACGUAAAAUUGUUGGAGCAUUAUUUUUACCAUGUUAG